UGUUAUAUUUUUUGCAAAAGGUCAGGACAAUUCAAAUCCAGCGCUUAUGAGAAUUCCACUUGGAUUGUUGAAACUCUUUUGAAAGAUUACGACAGGAGAAUUAGACCUGGAGUGAAAGGUAACUUUAAUUUCUGUUUGAGGGAAGGCAUCACUAAGGACCAAGCAAAUGCCGAAAAAAUAGGAAUAUUUCACCUAACACUGAAGACUACCAUCCCAAUUCAAAAAAACUGUGAAAUCAGCAAGGCGUUAAAAUAUCUUAACCCCUUCACAAGCGUAUCACGCUUGGCGUCCAUUUCGUACGGCCGGUUAACUCUUCAGCCUCUAUUUCUAGAUUUAUUUUUCGCCCCUGCAUGAGCUAAUCAAAGCAAGGAAAGAAGAUUUGAGACAAUGGUGGGUCGCUCAAGCUCUUGUUAAGCGAAAAACCGGCGGGAGCUUUUGAGCCUUCGUCUAUAAGAUUUAAUCGCCAUCCUGAAUUAUCCGGACGCUUGUCUGUCUCCUACGGAAAGGCCUGUUUGUACCUCUGGCGGAAGGGACGGCGUUUCUCCCCUCGCACUCACCAAAUUUUCCUACUAGGGGUUUCUUUUUAGAACCAGUAGGAGUCUCUAAAGAGGAGGGAGGAAAGUUUAUUGACCCUCUAAAGCACUCCAUUUCAUUUGAUGAGCAUUUUCAAUUUUUAUCCAUUCAUUUCUUUUUUUCUUGUUAAUUUAGGUUCUCCUCAAGAGGUCCGUGUUGAUAUGUAUGUUGCUAACAUUUGGGCAAUGGAAGAAGUUAAGAUGGUAACAAUAAUUUCAUAGUCUAGGAUUUUCACCCACCCUCUGGUCGGGAAGGUUCCGCCUCAGAGCCAUUUUGGCCAUUCAUUAGAAAGAACUAUUACUCUGUAUUCAUAAAAUCUAAUAUACUGAAUAGAUUGCUUCAUCAAAAGUAAUCCGCCGUCAUGCGUUCUUCCCUUAGUUCAGUUGUUGUUGUUAUUGUUGUUUUUGUUGCUUGUUUUCAGUGUUGCUGUUGCCGGUGUUGUCGUUUCUAUCACUGGAAGUAAAAUACCUCAAACACACUCUAGUCCUUCACUAUUUCCAGUGCUCAUAUAGUACACGUUGUCGAUCGCCCAAAAUUCUGCUUAAGCAUUGUCUUCAAUUUGUCUUCGGACAGUUUUUAUACCCAGGAGAAACUGAAAACAAUUUUUAUGGGCAGGGUAAACAAGGUGUUUUUUGGGCAAUGUCAGAAUGGUAGACUAAACCAUUAGCCUUUCAAUGCAUUUAUGAAAUAUCCCGCAAACUAACUAAGUGAUCAAGAAGGCUAAAUAGUGUAUCAUGUGUUUCUGCUCUUUGAUUUCAAACGGUUGUUGUGACGGUUUGCAGGAUUUUACGAUCGACAUAUACCUACGCCAGUAUUGGACAGACGAACGGUUGGCGUUUGGUCAUCUGACGUCUGACCCUAUUUUGACCCUGAGUAGUAAUAUCAAUAAACAGAUCUGGAUUCCGAGUACGUACUUCUUAAGGACCAAGAGGGCUUACAUGCACGAUGUGACCACAGAAAACUAUCUCUUACAGAUCUCGCCGAAUGGAAGCAUCUUCUACAGUAUAAGGUAAGAAAUAUCAGUUUUUGAAAAGGGCUGCUCACUCCGGCAAGAGGUCAUUUACACAAUAUCAUUCCAAUUCGAAGCGAAACGUUUUACAAAAUUAACGGUUCACGUUUGCUUCGUAAGCUCAAUAGAUAAGUUUAAAUUUAAGUUUAAUGAUUUUUUACCGCCGUCCGUACAUAGGUACAAGAUGACGCGAUAGUAGCAGGGGAAAACUGAAUUCCCAUUCUGGGGCUGCCAUUCAUCAAUGUAAACUGACUCGUAUAUGCACACAUUAAAAAGUAUUACAAAUAUGAUUAAAUAAGAAUUCAAAUAAUAAUAAUAAUAAUAAUAAGUAUAAUAAAAUGAAAUUGAUAAAAAUACAGUAAUACACCGUGGGUAUGACUACUGAUACUUAUUACUUUGAGCGCAAGUAACUUUUUCGAAAAGGAGGCUAAAGGGAGAUAGAUUUGUCAAUGAAACAAAAAAAAAACAAUGCAAGCAUGUAAGCCUAGAAGAAGCAAAGUAAAUUAUUGGAGUCAUAAAUGCAACUUUGAUGAUGUGUUACUGAUUCAUUACUAUUAGACAUCCCCUUGCAGCUAACAUUUUUUUAAGCAAACUCUUUUUUCAGGUACAAAUUAAACAAACAUAAAGUCAAGCCAACAGUUCUAGCUUUCACAAGGCUUAUCCUUCCUUUCAGGUUGACUAUAACAAUGUCAUGUAAACUGAAUUUGCGUCGAUUCCCUCAUGACAUCCAGAAGUGUACAUUGGAAUUAGAGAGUUGUAAGUUGACAUUUAUGACUGUAUUAGACUUAAUGUCGUUAAGUCUAUCCUAUCUUAAUUCACCCUUCCAUUAUAUUGAACGGGUUACAGCGACACCUCGAUUUAACGAAGGGCCAAGGGACCGGCUUCGUUAUAUCGAGGUUCUUUUCCAUAUAUUUUACUAUUACUGGGGUAAAUGAAAUCGUUCGUUACUGACCGAGGACUUCGUUAUAUAGAGGACCGUUAUAUGGAGGUUCCACUGUGUUAAAUUUAGUGCAUUGAAAAGCAGGCCAUUUAAGUUGAACCGGAAAUCAUUAAAAAUGACUAAAUGCUCCCCUUCAGUGAAGACAAUAAUGACCUGCUGGUUCUUAAACAAUAGGCCGUUUGCACUAAGAGUUCAUGUGACAUCAUUUUUAUGAAAAUAAAAGUUAUAUGAUUUUACAUUCAAAAAACCAUUAGUGGGUCAUAUCUUCAACAAAAUAAUAUUGAUUUAGUUUUUCAAACCCUCACCAUUUUCUGAAAAUUUGUAAAUUCGUAGCUAGUCACGCGACCAAAAUGUAAUUUUUUCAAAACUAUGAAUUACCUCUUUCUGAACAGAAAUUUUGCACUUAAACUUCAACGAAAUUGUUGAAAUUAUGAUGUGGUAACGGUUUCAGUAUAUCUGAGCGUAACUAUCAAACGUUUGACAAGAUACAAGCAAAAAGUAGUUUUGGCCGCCAUGUUGGAGGGCAAGAGUAUACCCUCCAACAUGGCGGCCAAUACAAAACAUACUACUUUGUUGAAAAGUCAAAGUGCCAUAAAAUAUCUCCCUUAAAUGCGUUUCCUCGCAGAAUUCGGGUGUAAGAUAAUUUUUAUGCGCUUCGUCAAUUUUUGGCAUCAGCAAGAUUGCAACUCAUUGUUUAAAGGAAGCAUUGGUCACGUGACCUCUUAGUGCAAGUGGCCUAUUGUAAGGUGCAUUAAAUCUCGCGCCUUGGCCAUCUUUAGAAUGACGAACUCUCGCUACGCGCUCGGUCAUUAUGUUUAGGAGGGAGUGCGAAUCCCACUUAUUAGAGGUGACAACAGUGGGAGUUCUUUCGUUGGGACGGCUAGAAGAUGGCCACUUAAUAGAGGUUUAAUUUCCCAUUCUUUAUUUUUCGGGACUUCCAUUACUGGCGGCUUAAUAGAGGGUGACCGCUUAAUAGGUAGCCCCUUAAUGGAGUUUUAACUGUAUCGUGUUUUACUCCGUGCUUAGGAACUCGGUGUAGGUGUCAGGCUACAUGUUACGAUGUAAAAGGCCAAUAGCCGGUAAAAUUCUACUCUUCCUGGUAGCAAAUUUCACCCCAGCCAUACAGUAUUUAUAAUACUAAUCACUAUCAAACUUGGAUGACGAGAUCACCUGGUAAUAAAAAUAUGACUAUUUGUUAUUAGGCUUCAAUACCCGCGUUUGUUUGCUGGGCAAUGACAAGCAAAAAGAGACACAAUAGACUUGGAGUGAAAUGGCUGGCUAAGAACAAGGCCAAAAGCCGAUUUAAUGAAUAAUAAAUUUUCUAUGAAUCAGCAAAUACAAUUUAAUCAGAUAUAUACUCAACCCAGUAAAGGUGGGGGCAGAAAAACGCUAUGAUAACCGCUACGCAAGGACAAAAGCGGAGCAGACGUACAAGUAAAAUGUAGCAUGAUUUUCUUACUUGUAAUAAGGAUUUGACUGUUUAAAUAUGUCCGGCUGAAAUUUGUUCACUUAUUCAUAAAACGUUUGUGGAGUAACAGUUCUGUUUUUCUGUUAGAUGGUUACCAGACAACAGACUUGUUGUACAAAUGGAAUCCACGAGAUGAUAAUACAUCUGCAAUAUACGUUAACAAGGAGGUGGAACUUCCUCAGUUCGAGUUAGCUGGUGUUGAGAAAACCUCGGAUAUCAACGAAUACAAUAUAGGUAAACACACCUAAAUCAUUUUUUGCAUGAAGUUAUUGCUUUUAUCACACAACAAUGAGCAACAAAAAGCAAGCCAGAAGAAAAUAAGGUAAGAAAUCACGAUCUAUUUGGCAGGGACAAGUUAGCUGGAAAGAACACCUUAGAGUGAUUUGUUAAAAAACUUAGCGAGGACAUAGCUCUUCAAAAUCGGGCAUUUCUACAGACGUUUGUAUGGUGGUGGUUAGGGGGGCGGGGGGGAGGUGAGGGGGGAAAGGUUGGGGCAGCUCGGGCCCCCCACCAUACAAACGUCAAUAAAAUUUGCGUGACUUUGUGGAGCAAUACUAAUUUUCUAAUCUUGAGGUGCUUUUUCUCGCAGUGUCGAUGGUUAUUCGCUAACUUUUUUAUAAUUUAAAAAACCCGUGGUAGGGUCUAGUUUCCGUCGCUGUUUGCGGUUUAGUGUUUCUCUUGCCUGAUUGGCUUUCCCCUUGCAACACAGUAGCAUUCCAGAAAUAUUCGUGGUAUUCAGGGUUUCGUGAGUUUCACAAUAAAAGCCCAAUAAAAUUGCAAAAUAUAUGUUUUUAUUUGCCACUCUAGGUGAGUGGUUUUACUGAAAAGUUUUGAACAUUUAGGGUUGUUAUUUGAACGACCUCUAACUUAGGCCACGGUUUAAGAAAUCUUUGUACCUCCAGAUCUCUUUCUUAGUGAAUUAUUUUAAAAAAAUAAGUGCCUUUCAGUCUACAGCACGUGUUUUCAUAAAACUGUUAAAUAGCGUUUAGAUAAAAGCUCUGGAAAAUAAAAUGAAAAUGUCUUAGAACGCGGUUUUGUUAAACUCUGUCAAGUCCGAGUCAAGUCAACAUAUUUAUUUCACUACCUUAUCUACACACAGCAAAAGCUGAUUUCCAGCUGAGACGUAGGCAAACACACAUUGCAAACAAAUAGAAGCAGCAUGAUGUUCACAAACGUUACAAAAUUUCAGAGAACAAUUAAUUACGUAACAAUGUACACAAUGUAGCUGGUUUUACAAUAUAUGAUGGUGGGAGCUUGGAAGAGUAACUAGUAUAAGUUUGAAAUACAUACACAUACAAGUUAUGGAAUCAGAGCGAUCCAGCAGAAGGCAAAGAGGCAAGUUUGGUUUUGAAUUCGAAAAGCGAUUGUGCUGUUUUUUCCUCGCAAGAAAGAUUAUUCCAGAGCAUUGCACCACUGUACUUAAAACUCCGUUUAUUAAAAAUUUCGUUUAAAUAACCGGCCCCGUUUGACGUCAUUUCUAUGGUCGAUAAGAGUACACAAAACAAAAUUCGAACAUAGUUCUCCACCAAUCAGUGGGCGAGAAAUCGCUCACUUAUUGUAAAAUUUUGUUUUGCCACUGUAGGUAAUCACUCCUCUUUGAUCGCCAUUUUUAAGAUGAAGCGCAGGAUUGGUUACUUUUUGAUUGAUACCUACGUUCCGUCUACCAUCAUCGUCAUCAUCAGCUGGAUUUCAUUCUGGAUAAACCCCGAUACUGCGCCUGCGCGAGUGGCUCUUGGAAUUACAACAGUUCUCACGAUGACGACACUCAUUUCCAGUGCUCGCGCCUCGCUUCCAAAAGUGAGCUACGUAAAAGCGAUAGACUGGUACCUACUUUUCUGUCUGAUAUUUGUGUUUGGUUCCAUUAUGGAGUACACUUUUGUAGCUUUCAUCAUAAACAUCAAAAAUAAGACCAAGAUUGCGGCUGUACCGAACAGAGAAUCAACUGCUAGCUCCAAGGUGAGAGUAUAGAAAUUUAUAGUUGUGAUCAAUGCGAUCGCCAUCAUUUAUCAUAAUCGCAUUUACAACACUCAAAAUGAACUUUGAGGCAAAAACUAACACGAGUCCACUAGACCAGUGGUCGUUAGGGAUGACAACUAUUGAGACAUAGACGAACUCUCUCAAAUUUGUUAAACGCCCAGGUAUAAUGUUCAAUGACUCACCCACCCUACCCCAGUGCUGAAAAUGUUUGGUUCAGUACAACAGGUAGCCUAGAUUACAGGCUUAUUUUUAGGCGAGCGAAAGCUCCUUGUUUAUGUUCAUAAUACCGUGGCCGCCUUCUCUGAUUUUAUAACCACUGAGGAAGACUGGGAAAAGUAGAAAUAUCGGCUCUUCGGUUUGGCGUUACGGCGAUAGAAGGAGACAGGGAGGGGGAGGCGAGGGAAAAAAUUCUUUUCCCUCUCUUCGUCCUCUCCCUCUUUCACUUUGACUCGCCCCAAUGUCUCCGCCCUUUUGCAAUUCAUUAUGGCGAUUUCAACAUGGCUAUAAUGCGAACAAAAACACUCGCACACCCUGCAAAACGUCUGCAACGGAGGUAUACAACAGGCAAAGAAGGUUUUCCUCUUAGCGUGGGCGCUCAGUGAUUAGUGGUAAUGUGAGAGAAUACCACUCUCACAUCUCAGUCUUCGUCAUUAAUAAUUGAAGGUCGCGUGAAGACGAGUAUGGCUCAUUGCCAUUCAAGCUUUCAUAGAAUUUUUAACCCCUAAAAAAAAUUAAACUUAAGGAAAGCGCUUUUAUUAAAUUAGUCCAUUUACAUUUUAGUCUUUGUAACUUAUUUUUUAUUGUUUUUUUUCUUUUUUGAAAUUAGUCCUUUAACAGUUUAAUCGUUUUACAAGUAAUAUCAAUUUCUUUAUUUUAAGCAUUUAUUGUAAUAUUAAUAAUUAAAACAUUUAGUAUAAAGCGCCUGUUGGGCAUAUUAAAAAUGGAAAUUGCGCCAUUAAAUAAAUUAUUAUUAUCAAUUAUUGUUAUCCACUUACCAUUUUUAAGACUUUGUGUUAAUUUAUCUUUUAUUAUUAUUGCUAUUUAUUUGUUUUAUUACUUUUCAUUGUUCAUAAAUAGGAGGAAAAGAGAGAGUUUUUUUCGUUGUUUGGUUCAAAGUGUUCUCCACGACGAGGUACAACCUUGAAGAGAGUAUUCAGCCCUGCAACGGAAAACGAUUCACUUGAUGUCGAAAUGAAAACAUUUACAGAGAAAAUGGAGGAGAAAAAAAGCUGGUAUCAUAUCACUGAUCCACUGAUUAUUGACAAAUGCUCUCGCUUUGGAUUUCCUUUGACUUUUUUUGCAUUCAAUUGCAUCUAUUGGCUAGUUUAUGGGAACAUUUAA